UAUAAGUACAGCACACCCCAUACGGGAUGAGGCUUCGUCCAAGUAGCGUACUCCGAGUAACAGCACCUCCUGUUUCUGGAGAAAGUGAAUCCACAGACAAAGAUGAUGAAGGUGUUUGCAUUUUCGUUCGUACUCUUCGUAUUUCUGAAGGUCGUCACUUCCCAGGACUGCGAGAGCGCCGGGGAAGAAGUGGCAACUUGCGUGUCGGACCUCGAUAAGCUACCACUAUACGAUGACGCUUUUCUCGACACCUUGGAGACGGACGAGGAAAAAGAGGCUGUUCUUUGCUGUGCUCUGGACGACAUGGAUGACUGCGUAAAGCGACACUUGGCAGGCAACUGCGCCCACUUGGCGGGUCUAGUUAGCCAAUACGCUCGUGAAGUCUUCCUCGAGGAAAUUGCCGACGAAGCUGGGACGCUGUCCUGCCCGCCGGGCGUGAAGAGAAUGUGCGACGCCCUGAGGUCUCUUGCAGGCAACUAGGAGCUGAUUAGCUCUCACGCCUCGCUAAUUUGCUGAUUAAAUAGCUGUUGUUGCGCA